AGAAGUGUCUUCUCCGUUCUUCUCCUUUCUUCCUUCAUCUGCUGAAACCCAUAUCCUGAUAUUUAUCAUUUAUUAAAUUAAAUAAUCCUUUGCUUUUUCAGUUACUUUAUUUCUUUUUUCUUUGUAGUUGCAGAAGUUUCCAAACUCUUUGCACCCCAAAUGGAGGAGCCUCCUGCCAAAUCAUAUCACAUUUAACUUGUGUGAGAAGGAGUUGGCCACUAGUGCACAUCUUGGAGUCGACACCUUUGAAUCUUUGAUCCUGGCACCAAUUAUUUAACUCCACUUGAUCUUCCAGUUCCUUCACAAAUAUUAAUUGACUUCUAAUUCUGAACCUACAAGAAGGUAGGAAGGGGAAAAGAGGCAGCCAGAGCUUGCUCCAAGGAAGCAUGGAGAAGCAGGAUGCUGCUGCUGCUGCUGCAGUUGAUGAGCCUAAAAAGAUUGAUUACAAAGGAGUUAAAGCCAUGCCUUUCAUCAUAGGAAACGAGACAUUUGAAAAGCUGGGAGCCCUUGGGACCUUAUCGAACCUCUUGGUCUACCUCACCACAGUCUUCAACAUGAAGAGCAUUACAGCUGCCACCCUCAUCAAUGUCUUCAACGGCACUACCAAUUUUGCCACCUUGAUUGGAGCUCUCCUGUGUGACACAUACUUUGGUCGCUAUAAGACCCUGGGAUUUGCUUCCAUAUCCUCUUUUAUGGGGCUGCUAGCAAUAGCACUAACAUCUGCAAUAUCCAAGCUGCAUCCUCCCCAUUGCGCAGCACAAGAGAUCGCUGCCUGCAGAGGACCAACAACGGGGCAAAUGGUUUUUCUGCUCAGCGGGUUUGGCCUGCUGAUCGUUGGCGCUGGGGGGAUCCGUCCCUGCAACUUGGCCUUCGGAGCGGACCAGUUCAAUCCGGAAACCGAAUCCGGGAAGAGAGGAAUCAACAGCUUCUUCAAUUGGUACUACUUCACCUUCACUUUUGCGCAGAUGGUGUCCUUGACAGCAAUUGUUUAUGUGCAAUCUGAUGUGAGCUGGGCAGUGGGGCUAUCCAUUCCUGCACUUCUGAUGCUCAUCUCAUGUGCACUGUUCUUCCUGGGUUCCAGAAUCUACGUGAAGGUGAAACCAGAGGGCAGUCCCCUGGCAAAUGUGGCAGGGGUCAUAAUUCUUGCAAUUAAGAAGAGGGGAUUGAAGCAACCAGAGCAACCAUGGCUUUCCCUUCACAACUACAUUCCUCCCAAUUCCCUCAAUUCCAAGCUUCCUUACACUGAUCAAUUCAGAUUUCUGGACAAAGCUGCAAUCGUAACCCCUGAAGACGAAAUUGAUCCCGAUGGAAUCGCUGCCCUUCCAUGGAAACUCUGCAGUAUGCAGCAGGUGGAAGAAGUAAAAUGCGUGAUGAGAGUAAUCCCCAUAUGGGCUGCAGCCAUUAUAUAUUAUGUUGCCAUAGUCCAACAGCAAACAUUCGCAGUGUUCCAAGCCCUUCAAUCCAACAGGCACCUAGGCAACAGCAAGUUCAGGAUCCCGGCCGCAUCCUACACGGUCUUCAUCAUGCUCAGCCUCACCAUCUGGAUCCCAAUCUACGAUCGAAUCCUCGUACCGUUCCUCCGGCGACUCACGGGAAAAGAAGGUGGCAUCACCAUCCUUCAGAGAAUGGGCAUUGGCUUAUUUUUGUCCACCCUCACCAUGAUUGUCUCGGCCUUGGUGGAAGAGCGGCGGCGAAGUCUGGCUCUCACUAGGCCAUCACUAGGAAUUGAGCCCAGAAGAGGUGCCAUUUCGUCCAUGUCGGGGUUGUGGUUGGUUCCUCAGCUGACACUGGCUGGACUGGCAGAGGCAUUCACCUCGGUCGGCCAAGUCGAGUUCUACUACAAGCAGUUCCCUGAGAACAUGAGAAGCAUUGGAGGGUCACUGUUUUUCUGUGGCAUGGCAGCUUCAAGUUACUUGAGCGGCUUCUUGGUGUCGAUGGUUCACCGGGCAACGAAGGGGGCUUCGACCGGAAACUGGCUGCCGGAAGAUCUCAACAGGGGGAGAUUGGAUUACUUCUAUUUCAUCAUAGCUGCAAUGGGAGUGUUGAACUUGGGCUACUUCGUAGCGUGUGCGAGGUGGUACAGGUACAAAGGGACUACCAGCGUUACUGCUAAAAUUAAUGGUGAAACUGAGCAACCUGGAAAGCCUAAUGUUUGACAUAGAAGAAAUUAAUUUAGUGAAGACCACAGGUCCACAGCCCAACUCACGCUCACAAAGGAACUAAACAAGAUGGUGAAUACUGAAUACUCUUCAAAAAUUUCUUCGCCCCUAUCAUUAAAUUUUAGAUUCAGUAAUUUAUACUACGUUUUCUA